AAGCCGCACCGGCCGCGCUAUAGCCAUGUUUCCCUUAGUGCGGGAGAAGCGCACAUCAAUGACAUCACGGACGCGCAGCGGCCUCGCAUACGGUGGCUCGCGAGGCUCAUACGGUUUGCGGAGCUGGAGCCCCGUGAGGAAGAGAGGGAGGUUCUCUUAAGAGUUCGGCUGAGAGGUUUCAUCCAUUUCCAUGUGCCACUGUUUUUGAGAUAUAAAACAAAGAAUUCCUUGUACAAAGCCAGAAUGAAUAUAUCAAAGUAAUUCUGAAGUAUCAGAAAAAAAAAAAAUAGGCUGUAGCAGAGGAGGAAUGAUUGUGAAUAGCCUCUCUCUGUGCUACCAUAACAAGCUAAUUCUGGCCCCAAUGGUUCGGGUAGGGACUCUUCCAAUGCGGCUGCUCGCCCUGGAUUAUGGAGCGGACAUUGUUUAUUGUGAGGAGCUGAUCGACCUCAAGAUGAUUCAGUGUAAGAGAGUUGUCAAUGAGGUGCUCAGCACAGUGGACUUUGUUGCCCCUGAUGAUCGAGUUGUCUUCCGCACCUGUGAAAGAGAGCAGAACAGGGUUGUUUUCCAGAUGGGGACUUCAGAUGCAGAGCGAGCCCUUGCUGUGGCCAGGCUUGUAGAAAAUGAUGUGGCUGGUAUUGAUGUCAACAUGGGCUGUCCAAAAGAAUAUUCCACCAAGGGAGGAAUGGGAGCUGCUUUGCUGUCAGACCCUGACAAGAUUGAGAAGAUCCUCAGCACUCUUGUUAAAGGGACACGCAGACCUGUGACCUGCAAGAUUCGCAUCCUGCCAUCGCUGGAAGAUACCCUGAGCCUUGUGAAACGGAUAGAGAGGACUGGCAUUGCUGCCAUUGCGGUUCAUGGGAGGAAGCGGGAGGAGCGACCUCAGCAUCCUGUCAGCUGUGAAGUCAUCAAAGCCAUUGCUGAUACCGUCUCCAUUCCUGUCAUAGCCAAUGGAGGAUCUCAUGACCACAUCCAACGGUAUUCGGACAUAGAGGACUUUCGACAAGCCACGGCAGCCUCUUCCGUGAUGGUGGCUCGAGCGGCCAUGUGGAACCCAUCUAUCUUUCUUAAGGAGGGUCUGCGGCCCCUGGAGGAGGUCAUGCAGAAAUACAUCAGAUAUGCGGUGCAGUAUGACAACCACUAUACCAACACUAAGUACUGCUUGUGCCAGAUGCUACGAGAACAGUUGGAGUCUCCCCAGGGAAGGUUGCUCCAUGCUGCCCAGUCUUCCCGGGAAAUUUGUGAGGCCUUUGGCCUUGGUGCCUUCUAUGAGGAGACCACACAGGAGCUGGAUGCCCAGCGGGCCAAGCUCUCAGCCAGGACUUCAGAGGAGACCAGGGAGCCAGCUGAAGAUACCUCUGGUGUCAUUAAGAUGGCUGUCAAGUUUGACCGGAGAGCAUACUCAGCCCAGAUCACCCCCAAGAUGUGCCUGCUAGAGUGGUGCCGGAGGGAGAAGUUGCCACAGCCCAUGUAUGAAACGGUUCAACGCCCUGUAGACCGCCUGUUCUCUUCUAUUGUCACCGUUGCUGAACAAAAGUAUCAGUCUACCUUGUGGGACAAGUCCAAGAAACUGGCGGAGCAGGCUGCGGCCAUCGUCUGUCUGCGGAGCCAGGGCCUCCCUGAGGGUCGGCUGGGUGAGGAGAACCCUUCCUUGCACAAGCGAAAGAGGGAGGCUCCUGACCAAGACUGUGGGGGCUCCAGAGCUCAGGAGCUAGCACAACCUGGGGAGCUGUGCAAGAAGCCCUUUGUGGCCUUGGGAAGUGAUGAAGAGAGCCCCUUAGAAGGCUGGUGACUACUCUUCCUGCCCUAGUCACCCCUCCAUGGUCUGGUGCUAAGGUGGCUGUGGAUACCACAGCACGAACCAGAUGCUGUUGAACAAUUUGCGGUCUUGCCUGGCAGGAGUUAGAUGUCCCAGCAGGGGCCAUCAGCCUGGACCAUGGACCAGGGGCUGCCCAAGGGUGGAUCCUGGCUCCUUUGGUGGAUCUGAGUGACAGAGUCAAGUUCCCUUUGAAAACAGGAGCUUUUCUGGUGGCACCUCCCCAACCUGGCAUUGGUACUGUGCAAUAAAGACACCCCCUACCCUCACCCACAGCUGGCUGCUUUAGCCUUGGGCAUCUUCAUAAA